AUGCCAAGUGACAAAACAGUCGGAGGAGGCGACGACGCUUUCAACACCUUCUUCAGCGAAACCGGCGCCGGAAAACAUGUCCCACGCGCCGUCUUUGUAGAUCUCGAACCCACCGUCAUCGAUGAAGUCAGAACCGGAACCUACCGCCAGCUCUUCCACCCUGAACAACUAAUCAGCGGCAAAGAAGACGCUGCUAACAACUUCGCACGUGGCCACUACACAAUUGGGAAAGAAAUCGUGGACCUCUGUUUAGACAGAAUCCGAAAACUAGCUGACAACUGCACUGGACUCCAAGGCUUCCUAGUCUUCAAUGCCGUAGGCGGCGGCACCGGCUCUGGUCUAGGCUCUCUCCUACUCGAACGCCUCUCCGUUGACUAUGGAAAAAAGUCAAAACUCGGGUUCACAGUCUACCCAUCUCCCCAAGUCUCAACAUCAGUAGUCGAGCCCUACAACAACGUCUUAUCAACCCACUCCCUUCUAGAACACACCGACGUCGCGAUUCUUCUCGACAACGAAGCCAUCUACGACAUCUGCCGCCGGUCACUAGACAUCGAAAGGCCAACCUAA